AUGGAGUUGGUCAAUGAGACUGUAGUGAAGGAGUUUGUUUUCCUUGGCUUCUCAUCUCUGGUCAGGCUGCAGCAGCUGCUCUUCAUUGUCUUCCUGCUCCUCUACCUGUUCACCCUGGGCACCAACGCCAUCAUCAUUUCCACCAUUGUUCUGGAUAGAGCACUUCACACCCCCAUGUACUUCUUCCUCACAGUCCUCUCCUGCUCUGAGACCUGCUACACCUUCGUUAUUGUGCCCAAGAUGCUGGUUGACCUGCUGUCCCAGAAGAAGACCAUCUCCUUCCAGGGCUGUGCCAUCCAGAUGUUUACCUUCCUCUUCCUUGGCUGCUCUCACUCCUUCCUGCUGGCAGCCAUGGGUUAUGAUCGCUGCGUGGCCAUCUGUAACCCACUGCGCUACACAGUGCUCAUGGGACAUGGAGUGUGCGUGGGACUAGUGGCUGCUGCCUGUGCCUGUGGCUUUACUGUUGCUCAGGUCAUCACAUCCCUGGUAUUUCAUCUGCCCUUCCAUUCCUCCAACCAGCUCCAUCACUUCUUCUGUGAUAUUUCCCCUGUCCUUAAGGUGGCCUCCCACCAUAAUUGCUUAAGUCACAUUGUCAUCUUCAUGCUCUGUGCUUUGGUCCUGGUUAUCCCCCUGUUGUUGAUCUUGGUGUCAUAUAUUUGCAUAAUCUCUGCCAUACUCCAAUUUCCUUCUACAUUGGGGAGGUGCAAAGCCUUCUCCACUUGUGCGUCUCACCUUAUUAUUGUCACUGUCCACUAUGGCUUUGCCUCUUUUAUCUACUUAAGGCCCAAGUCCAACUAUUCCUCAAGUCGGGAUGCUCCGAUAUCAGUGACCUACACUAUCCUAACUCCAUUGUUCAAUCCAAUGAUUUACAGCUUGAGAAAUAAAGAGUUUAAGUCAGCUCUUCAUAGAGUUGUGGGAAGAAUAAUUUCCUAG